CUCUUUCCUAUAGGCACUAGCAGCCAAUGCAGGGACAGGGUUUGCCGUUGCAGAGCCACAGGUGGCCAUGUUCUGUGGAAAACUCAACAUGCACGUCAACAUUCAGACCGGCCGCUGGGAACCCGACCCGUCCGGAACCAAGAGCUGCGUAGGAACCAAAGAGGGCGUGCUGCAGUACUGCCAGGAGAUGUAUCCCGAGCUCCAAAUCACAAAUGUGGUGGAGGCCAACCAGCCCAUUCGCAUUGAGAACUGGUGCAAGAAGGAGAAGAAGGUGUGCAAAGGCCACGCCCAUAUUGUGGUGCCUUACAAAUGCUUAGUGGGUGAGUUUGUGAGCGAUGUGCUUCUGGUUCCAGAGAAGUGCAAGUUCUUCCACAAAGAGCGUAUGGACAUGUGUGUGAGCCAUCAGCAGUGGCACGGAGUCGCCAAAGAGGCCUGUGGCAAGAGCUCCAUGGUGCUUCACAGUUACGGGCCUGCUCCUACUUGUGGCAUUGACAAGUUCCACGGCACCGAGUACGUGUGCUGCCCCACCUCCCGCGUCGGGGAGUCGGCCCCCCCAUCCCUGCCCUCCCAGGAGGACGAAGAGGAGGAGAUAGAGGAUGAGGAGAUCGACGAGGCCGACCUGGACGAGGACGAGGUGGUGGAGGACAGGUGAGCGCGAGACCCCGCCGACGAGCAGCCCACACAAAAGGAGCCCGGUAUACGAGAUGAAGACGAGGAGGACGAAGACGAGGAGGAGUACCACUACGUCUACGAGGACGAGGAGGCCGAAAAAGACAUCGAGGCUGACAAGAAGCAGAGCAAGAUGUCAGACAGCCAAGAUGACGACAAAACUCUGCAGGAAGUGAAAGCCGUGUGCACCCUGGAGGCGGAGACGGGCCCCUGUCGCGCCUCCAUGCCCCGUUGGCACUUCGACAUGAGCCAGAGGAAGUGCAUUCGCUUCAUAUACGGGGGCUGCGCCGGCAACCGCAACAAUUUCGACUCGGAGGAGUACUGCAUGGCCGUGUGCAAACGUCUGACCGUGCCCCCCACCCCUCAGCCCACCGACGACGUGGACAUCUACUUUGAGACCCCGGCCGAUGACAAGGAGCACAGUCGCUUCCAGAGGGCCAAGGAGCAGCUGGAAAUCAGGCACCGCAACCGCAUGGAGAGGGUGAGGAAGGAGUGGGAAGAAGCCGAUCGCCAGGCGAAAAACCUCCCCAAGGCAGAGAGGCAGACAUUGAUCCAGCAUUUCCAAGCCAUGGUGGAGUCCCUGGAGGAGGAAGCAGCCAGCGAGAAGCAGCAGCUGGUGGAGACUCACCUCGCCCGGGUCGAGGCCAUGCUGAAUGACCGGCGCCGUCUGGCCCUGGAGAACUACCUGGCUGCCCUGCAGGCCGAUCCCCCCAGGCCCCAUCGCAUCCUCCAGGCCCUGAGGCGAUACGUUCGGGCUGAGAACAAGGACCGCCAGCACACGAUCCGUCACUACCAGCACGUCCUGGCUGUGGAUCCUGAGAAGGCGGCACAGAUGAAGUCACAGGUGAUGACCCACCUGCGUGUGAUCGAGGAGAGGAUGAACCAGAGUCUGUCUCUGCUCUACAAAGUACCAUAUGUGGCCGAGGAGAUUCAGGAUGAAAUUGAUGAACUUCUCCAGGAGCAGAAAGCGGACAUGGACCAGUUCCUGUCGUCCAUCUCUGAAUCACAGCCUGACGUCACCGUAUCGUCAGAGGAAAGCGUGGAAGUCCCUGUGUCCGAGGGAAAGCCAUACCGGCCCUUCCAGGUCACAUCCUUGGGGUCCCGUCCAGAACCAGAGGGCGACCUAUCAGACUCCCCACGUGCCUUCAAGAAAGGCUCCGCCAUGUCUGGAUUAGAUGGCCUGAUAGGCGCCGAGGAGAGAAUCAUCAACAGCAAACCCAAGAUCAGCAACAACGUGGUGAUUGAUGAGUCUCUGGAUGUUAAAGAAGUGGUUUACAGUGCAGAGAGAGUCAGCGUUAUGCAUGAUGAUGAGCUGGAGACCUACCGCCCCCUGGGAGAGGACUUCAGCUUCGGCAGCAGCGCUCUGAUUGGGUUGUUGGUGAUCGCCGUAGCCAUAGCAACCGUGAUUGUGAUUAGUCUGGUACUUUUGAGGAAGAGGCAAUACGGCACCAUCAGCCAUGGCAUCGUGGAGGUCGACCCCAUGCUGACACCAGAGGAACGCCACCUCAGCAAGAUGCAGAACCACGGCUACGAAAACCCCACCUACAAAUACCUGGAACAAAUGCAGAUCUAACCAGAGCCUACAGGGGGCGCUGUGGAGUCAGAGUGACAGAGGACAGCAACAGAGGGGGAACAUACUACUGACCAAUAACAUAUGAUGCUAUUGUUAAAAUCGUUUGCAUACAUCCAAACUCCAUUUACUGGUUUGUUCAAAACAAUCCUUAAAUAAUGCUACUACUUCUACUACUGCUACUAUUGUAUUAUAGAGCUCUUUUUGAUCAUGUUUCUUUUGAAAAGGUGAUGUAUCUGCCAUUUUGCAUUAUGGAAAAUGUGAUUCUGCAGAUUUCUCUGUAAUUAUCAAUACAGCUAUCUCAGAUCAAGAUGUAUAACAUUUCUUCAGACAUUUUCUUUUGAAAGUGAAAGGCAAAUCAAGCAAAAUUGUAUUGCUUUUGAGCAGCCAUCAUCAACGGCAGACCAGACACGAAAACAGUUUUGUUCUCCAUCAAGUGUCACUCAUGCAGUUUCUGAUGGUUUCCUCAAAAAGAUUUUUUUUUUCUUUUUCCUCUCAAUAGAUUGCUUGUAUAUGAAGGUUCUUUGUACCAAUUAAAAUGUAUAGUGAAACAAGAAAAGAGAAAAAUUGAAAUCAUGAAUUAUUUACUUUCUGUUCUUUGUUAUGAUAACAGACGAAAUAUACAUAUACAGUAUAAAUAUAUAUAAGAGUAGAUGUUUUUAAUUCACCUUUUUUCCCAGGGAAGAGGUUACGAGUUGGUUUAGGGUUUCUAGCUUGGUGGUCAUGAGUGUUUUUUGCAGGCACACAUUAGGAAGGUGAAGGUGUGCACAGGCCCCCAGCUCAAACACAGUACACUACUCAGAACCCCAACAAAUGAAUGUGAUAACGCCCCAACAUAAUAUAUUCCCUCCUACACACUCAUACACUUUUUAUCAACAGCAAAAUGGUGUAAAGUGUUACGAGUAAUGUGUUUUAAACUGUGUUACAUAGUUGAAUGUAUUGUGGAAGGACGUGUUCCCUUGUGGUUUGAAUUUGAUUGUAACUUCACAGGUGAUGCCAUGACCGAAACCGUUUUUUCAUACCUGUUUUAGAAGGGGAAGGUUUUAUCUGAAGUGACAACAAUUUGGGGAUGGCAUACAGAAAAUGGAGCAUUGUUGGCUUUGCUGGUCAUAAAGCCCGAAACUGUCUGAUAGCUGUUUAAGAGAGGUGCAAAAACAAACUUUGAACCAAUUCCCUGUUUAUUUCUGGAACAAGAUGUAUGUGUUUGUGUUGGAGUUGUUUUGUGCCAAGAGCCUGUGGUUUUUUAACAUUAGCUAACCUUAUUUUCAAGCUAUUGGGUAUCUCAGUUGCCAACAUCAAUGACAAAACUUCUACACUGAUUUCUAUGACAUGAACUCAAGUUGGAUUUAACAAGAAUGUCUUUAAUCUGAACUUUUUUACUGCCUCUAUUUUGUAGCAGUGGUGUGAAAGGCUAGCUGCUGUUAGCUGUUAGCUUAGCUAGCAGCAUCAGUGUGGCUACAGUUAGCUUAGACACUUAACACCCAUAAUAAUUUCUAUGCUAAACUGGCUACACAUAUAUGAUGUCAAAAAAGGAGCAGAAAGACUUUAAAAAAUGUAUAUUCUCUGUUUGGAAAUGGAGUUAGCUGGAAUUAGCUAAUGGACAACUUAGUUUGUUCAUUAGCGGCAACUGUGUGCUUAGUAGCCAGUGUUAGCUUAUUCAUUUAUUCAUCCAUUCGUCAUUCAUCGGAACAAGAAGAAGAUAAAAAUUGUAUAUUAUGAUGUAACAAAUUAAGCUAGCUCGCAAGUUUGCCUAGAAAUGGAGUUAGCUAAUGUUAAAAAAAACAACUGGCUCCUAGAAAAAGACUCCAGCGCAAAUGUCACAUAUGCACACAAAUACAUGCAAGUAUGUUGUAAGAACAAACUUGGAACCAAAUUUACUAUAUUAAAACAGUUAUGGGAUUUGCAGAUUUAGGAGUGUCAUUUCGAGAAGAGUUCUAAUUUUCCUGAAUCUGAAAAGUACAUCAAACUUGCUGGGAAAGACUUAGGAGGGAAGUUUUAUGGAGGACUUGCAGCAUAUGUUUUUUUUUCUUUUUUUUUUGCAAUGUGGAUUAUAAGAUUUGGGUAUGAAAAGGCUUCGGUUGGCCCUGGAUCAAGGUCUUUCGGAGACGUGGAGCUGGAGGGCUGUGCAGGCAGACAGACACACACAGAAAGACAAGGCUUGGAGAGCUGGUUUCUGAAAAAAAGAAAGAAAAAAAAAGCUAACUCGUGUAUUUUUACAGGUAGAGAAUGACACAAACAAGUAAACCGAGUCCUACAAACCUCUUUUCUCUCUCUCUUAGUAUUGUCUUUGUAUGCCUGUAUAGUUGAUGUUGCAAUCAUGGCUUUUUUCCGGAGGAUUUCCUGUGGUGUGCAUUGUUCUUAUAUGAAAUGAUAUUAUAUAUAUUUUUAAGUUUGUUUUCUUGUUUUCUAUUUUUUUUCCUCUUCCUGUGACAGUAUCUCUGUAUGUGACUGUCUCACUAUGCACCCAAACGGCUUCAAUCUUGUAACUGCCUGCUUGAUUGUGGGAAGGGAACUAAUAUAAUAUGCAUAUUAGUGAUUUUAAAAAAAUUGAUUGACACCAGUGGAAACAGAUUUAUGGUUACUGGGGGGGGAUACACAUCAAUAAACUCACAAGUUCCAUA